UAGUUCUAAGGAGCUGUGUGGGUUAGGCUUCCUAUUAUGUGAGAAACUUGGAUCUGUCAGAGAUAGCCUGAUAGUGAUAUCCUACACUUCAUUUCCGAGUCUUGCCUGAUAAAAAUUUAGAAAGUGUUGCCCACAGUCUGGUGUUAACAAACAGUUCUCUGUCAUUAAAGCUGGCCUGAGCAUCAUCUGUUUUAGGAAGUGGGCUGGUUAAGGAUCCUGCUUCUUUUCGGGCUGGGAGAAAAUAAACUGAAAGCAUGGUCACAAGAAAUGUGAGCCUUAUGAUGGCACAGUUCUGAUUUACAACAGCAGUGGGCCAGCCAACUUUGUAAAUACCAGUGAGAGAAGAGACGGCUGAUUUUUAGCAAAAGUUUAAGAAAAGCAAAGCUUCAAACCUACUACUCUGCCAGAAGUUUUACAGAUGGAGUGGCAAGCCACUGUGUCACCCAAUUUGGAUCCUGGCUUCCCUCAAAAGACUCUUAUGGCUAUUGCUUGAUUACCUUCUGGAGUAGCCAACUACAUAUAGAUAUAUAGAUAAAAGACUAUUGGUUUUGGCCUGAUUUUUUGCAGCCACCUUUAUAUAUAUGGAUUUUCCUUACCAAGGAUGAUGACUUUAAGUAUAUCCCUGGAGCAUUUGGAUAAUGUGAUAGUUGGGAUGCAGUGAUGUCGAAUCUCUGUCCACCACCAUCUCCAGCUGUUGCCAAGACAGAGAUUGCUCUAAGUGGUGAAUCACCUCUAUUAGCAGCUACCUUUGCUUACUGGGACAAUAUUCUUGGUCCUAGAGUAAGACACAUUUGGGCUCCUAAGACAGAACAGCUACUUCUCAGCGAUGGAGAAAUAACUUUUCUUGCCAACCACACCUUAAAUGGAGAAAUCCUCCGAAAUGCAGAGAGUGGGGCUAUAGAUGUGAAGUUUUUUGUCCUUUCUGAAAAAGGAGUCAUUAUUGUUUCAUUGAUCUUUGAUGGAAACUGGAAUGGAGAUAGGAGCACAUAUGGUCUAUCAAUUAUACUUCCACAGACCGAACUUAGCUUCUACCUCCCGCUUCACAGAGUGUGUGUUGAUAGACUAACACAUAUUAUCAGAAAAGGAAGGAUAUGGAUGCACAAGGAAAGGCAAGAAAAUGUCCAGAAAAUAGUCUUAGAAGGCACAGAAAGAAUGGAAGAUCAGGGUCAGAGUAUUAUUCCAAUGCUUACUGGCGAAGUAAUUCCUGUAAUGGAGCUGCUUUCAUCUAUGAAAUCACACAGUGUUCCUGAAGAAAUAGAUAUAGCUGAUACAGUUCUGAAUGAUGAUGACAUUGGUGACAGUUGUCAUGAAGGCUUCCUUCUCAAUGCCAUUAGCUCACACCUGCAGACCUGUGGCUGUUCAGUCGUAGUAGGUAGCAGUGCAGAAAAAGUAAAUAAGAUAGUGAGAACAUUAUGCCUUUUUCUGACUCCAGCAGAGAGAAAAUGUUCCAGAUUAUGUGAAGCAGAAUCAUCAUUUAAAUACGAGUCAGGGCUCUUUGUACAAGGCCUGCUAAAGGAUUCAACCGGAAGCUUUGUGCUCCCAUUCCGGCAAGUCAUGUACGCUCCCUAUCCCACCACACACAUAGAUGUGGACGUCAACACUGUGAAGCAGAUGCCACCAUGUCACGAGCAUAUUUACAAUCAGCGCAGGUACAUGAGAUCUGAGCUGACAGCAUUCUGGAGAGCCACUUCAGAAGAAGACAUGGCUCAGGAUACAAUCAUCUAUACAGAUGAAAGCUUCACUCCUGAUUUGAAUAUUUUUCAAGAUGUCUUACACAGAGACACUCUAGUAAAAGCCUUCCUGGAUCAGGUCUUUCAUUUGAAGCCUGGUUUAUCUCUCAGGAGUACUUUCCUGGCACAGUUUCUACUCGUCCUUCACAGAAAAGCCUUGACGCUAAUAAAGUAUAUAGAAGAUGAUACGCAGAAGGGGAAAAAGCCCUUUAAGUCUCUUCGGAACCUGAAGAUAGACCUUGAUUUAACAGCAGAGGGCGACCUUAACAUAAUAAUGGCUCUAGCUGAGAAAAUUAAACCAGGCCUCCACUCAUUUAUCUUUGGAAGACCUUUCUAUACUAGUGUACAAGAACGAGAUGUUCUAAUGACUUUUUAAAUGUGUAACUUAUUAAAUAUAUGUUGUCACCAUGAUGAUUGCUGCUGAAGUAGCUCAGUGGUGUGGGAAACAUCAUUCCCUUGGGUCAUGUCCCAGACUCCUACUUGGCAGUGCAGUUAAAGUUAGUUACACUACACUUGUCACAAGUCUGUCAGGGGACGUCCGGUGCGUUGUUACAAUGGAUGCAUCUUUUCCUAGGUGGGCUGUCUUGAGAUACAGACUUAUGUUUACAGUUAGAGUAAAUGUUCCUGCUAUCUUUUAAAGAUAUAAUAAUAAGAUAUGAACUUGACCACAACUACUGUUUUUGAAACUUACAAUUCAUGGUUUACAUGUAUCAAAGUGAAAUCUGAGUUACUUUUCACAGAUAUAAUACUAGUUGACUUUUCAUCUCUUGGUAUUCCUUGGUAUGUAAGAUUACUGUAAUACUUUUAUAAUCAGCUGAAAAUUAGAGCAUCUGAAUCAUUUCAGUUCCACAAAAGGAACUUAGCUGGAACAUAGGUUAAGUAUUAGAAAGAAUGUAUUGAUCAAGCAGAUGUUUAAUUCAAAUUAAUUAUUAGAUCCUCCUUUGUAGACUGGGUAGUCCUUAGGGUUCAAUCUGUGUAGAAACAUCAGUAUGUGUAGUCCGGAUUAUGGCAAACCUGUCAGGGUAUUUGUGUGUUUCUGUGUGUGUGUGUGGGUGUGUGUGUGUGUGUGUGUGUGUGUGUGUGUGUGUGUGUGUGUUGAGCUCUGUCAAAGACAAUAGAGGAAAUUGGAUUUUAUGUUUUAGUAGUUAUUGCAAACUAUUUAAAUUAAUUUUUAUUAUUUUUGAGCCAAAUUGAAAUGUGUACCUCCUGUGCCUUUUUUUUUUCUUGGAAAAUAUAAUUACUUGGAAGAAGUUCAGAUUACACUAGUCAGUCAUUUUUAUCUUGUUUUCCUCCUGCAUAGUCUUACCCUCAUUUGACAGUUGUAACUCCAAGAUUAUGAAAUGCAAUGGAGAAUAUACUAACUAGUAAGAUCCUUUUACAGGAACAGAGAACAAUAUCUUGUCCUUUUCCUUUUCAAAUUUCUGCCCUUACUUUUGAGGUUAUUGCCAGGUCUAUUUGCUUCUGCAUCAUGUGAGGAAAACAGGAGAAACUUUAUUGAUGUGCUAUUUUACUAGGUGCUACUUUGGCAGAACUAAGUGGUCAAUUUCUUUUGUUUCCUUAAUGUCUUUGGACCAUUGUGCUAGCUGUAAACUGACUAAUAUAAUUCUUUGCUAGAACCGUUUUGACAUAAUAGUAUAUACAAGCAUAAAAAUUAUUUUUAUUUAAAACUGUGGAAGUUACACAAAAGGGAAAAGUAUUUAUAAGAAAGGGAUAAAAGUGACAGAGCCCCUCUGCCAUUGCUCACCAAAUGGAACCAAAACUAACAUGUUAUGUUCUGAAAGGUCCUAAUUACCUUUCACAUCACUAAUAAGAAGGGUGUAGACAUCUUGAUUUUUAGACACAAACCGAAUGAGAUGACUGGUGCUCUGUGGUGCACUCAUGAAAGAAUUUACAGAUACCACCUUAUUGCACCCCUUACUCAGUGCUUCUUAUGUGAUUGAUUAUUAAAGAGUGCUGACCGAUUAUUUUCUUUUGCUGGUUUAUUGUACUGUUACAUGGAAUGCAAGUUGUACAGUGAAGUAAGUUAUUAAAGCAUGUGUAAACAUUGUUAUAUAUCUUUUCUCCUAGGUGGAGAAUUUUGAAUAAACUGUCUUUGAAAU